UUAAAGAGGAAACACCUCUGAAAGUAGAUGAACAGGAAGCGAGGGGGCACUGCAGUAACAGAUGGACUAAGAAGGAUUACAUGAUUCACUGUGAGUAUGACAUAAAUUCCCAAGAAAGACAGGAAAGAGUAGAUUCGCGUGGAGACAAACGCUCCGUCCCUCCGUCGGUUCUCAUCUUCAUCUAUUGGCCAGUGGGAUUACUGGGGAGAGGUGUGGACCACUGAUGCUCAUCCAGGAAGAGACGCCGAGGAUACGGAUGAUGUAGAAGUGGUUAAAGAUGGAAGAAUUGAACGUUUUAGGGAAUGUUUUGAUAAACAGAUCCUAAAUAAGAAGAUUGAGAGCAAAGCAAGAAGCAACGGAUGUGAUUUUUUGGGGAGAUUUUUUUUAUGACUUACAUGAAGUACCAAAAAAGAGAAGGGUCCAUGGGGGCGUGGGCUGCCAGUGAGGCGAUGCACGAGAGGCAACGUGGUCCGGUUGUACUUCACACUAAAAUACAACAAACUCACGCAGAUUAAAGUAGAUUUCAUGGGAUUAUCAGAAAAAAAAAAUCCACUUAAAUUCGUGGCUCAUCCAGAAACGCUUUGUUUCAGGACCCUGUGUUUGAUUUAACACUUGGGAGUUUGGGCCAGGAGGUCAGGAGGCAUGAUGAUUUUAACUGGGGUCAGAUCAGCUGACCUUUUAUGAAGCCUUCUUAUCAACAGCAGGAGGAUUUAUCUGACCUCAGCACUGGUCAAAAACCGAUGCAGCUUUUGUUCGCAUCAGCCAGCGGUUAGUUGGGUGGCGGGCCACAUUCGAGGAUGUUCUUCAUCUCUCACGAAGCCGCUAACACGGAACAUUCACUGGUCUAAUCCUCAAACAGAACAGGGUCAAAAGGUCAAGAGAUUCAUGGACUUCAAUUAAACAUCACAUUGUUCCUCCCUGUUGUGUAAUCGUCAACCUCUUAAAUCCUCAUUCUGUUCAUAUUUUCUUUAACUCCACCUCUCCCUCUGGUCAUGUCUCCCUGCUUUCUUCCCUCUCUUCCCCGUCAUCUGUCUUGCUUGACAAUCCCACUCGCUGCCAGAUGUGGUCGGUUACCUUCUGUCUCCGCCGUUGCAUCAUAUUAUCUUUUCUUCCUGUCUAAAGCUGGCUGAACUAAAGUAAUUGACUCCACCUGUCACCUCCAUCUGCAGUUGUCCUCUCCCUCCCUUUGUGGCGUCCACCUUCUGUCCCCUCAGCCGCCCCCCACCCCUCUCCCUUCGCUGUGGCCAUGCUGGAGCGUAUGUCUCGCCGCUCUCGCUCCAUGCUCUCUCUGACUCUAACCACGUUGGCUCUGAGCCUCUCCAUCCUGGCCCUCUGCACCUCCUACUGGUGCGAGGGAACUCACAAAGUGGUCAAGCCUCUCUGCCUGUCUCCGGUCAAGAUGAAGAACUGUGGUCAGAAUAACAGCGAGCCUUACACCACAGAGAGUCCCACUCAGAGCCCCUUCAAUCGCACGCUGUCUCCAGCCAGGAGAGAGGAGCUGGCUAAGAUCAGACAAAGGCAGUUGGCCAACGCCGUCCACUACAUCUGGGAGACGGGGGAAGACAAGUUUGCCUUCAGAUACUUCCACACCGGCUUCUGGGAAAGCUGUGAGGAGCAGGACCAUGGGGAGGUGUGUCGCAGCUUUAUAGAUUUAACUCCAGGAGACACACAAGGUGUGCUUUGGUUGUCGGUUGUGUCUGAGUUUACAUACAUCGGCCUGCUGGGGAUGGGCUUCUUACUGAUGUGCCUGGACAUCAUGUGCUCUCAUAAAGAGAUGCAUGCACUGAAAAUCAACGCCUACGCAGCGAUUUGUACCGUGCUGUCGGGUCUCCUUGGGAUGGUAGCUCAUAUGAUGUUUACCACAGUGUUUCAAAUGACAGUCAUUGUGGGCCCUAAAGACUGGAGACCUCAGUCAUGGGACUACGGCUGGUCGUUUGCCCUUGCCUGGGUGUCCUUCAGCUGCUGCAUGGGGGCAGCUGUUGUCACGCUCAACUCCUACACCAAGACCAUCAUCGAGAUCCGCCGCAGACAGAAGCUCCGCUUGGAGGAGGCGCAUGCUGCCGCUCAAGUUCCAACCUACAGUGAGGUUAUUCCGGGGGCAGGGCUCUACUCCGUCAGCGGCCUGUUGCACUGUCCGGACGGCAUGAUUGACGUGGCGUGGGCUCCGAACGGCAGCGUGGUCGGAGUGGGCAACGGGGACGUGCCAACACUGGUUUUGGUGGGAGGCUGUGGGCCAGAGGGGUGUGAGGACUGCGAGAGAGAGAGGGAUGAGAUGGAGGAGGCCAUGGAGAGAGUUGACUCACCUUGUUAGGGUAUCGGUUUGAAACGUUCAACACAAAGGGCUGAAAAGCCGGCGUCACUGCGGCGAUGAUGCACCCUGGUUUGUUUUGCUUGUACUUUGACUUCCUGUCAACUUGGGAUGCAACUCAAUGGGGGGUCAAAGGUCAGUGGAGUUAACAUAUCAAGGAUGUUGAAAGCAGGUUGUUUUUACAUGCAAGUCUGCAUGUUUCUGAGGAUUUAUCUGUGCCUAAUGAUGGAAAAGCAAAUGUACACUUCUAUUUGUCAACGAAUAAAUAUUUAUUUAAUGCUCAGCAUUACCAUGAAGGGCAAACAGUCAGUUAAAUAUAUAAAUCAUGCGAGUUGGGCGUGAUUCAUUCAAGAUCUUCUUCUGACGAAGACUUGUAAUAAAGGACGAACUUUGAUGCACGUAAACUCAAAGAUCCAACAAACAGUUUCUGUGUGAAGAAGCACAGACAGACUCAUAGAGAUAAAAUGAUUACAGAGAUUUUGCAAAGUCUGCUCUCUCAUGUUGAGCAGAAGAUUAUGUGUAAAGCAGUAAUCCCGAGUUGGAUGGAAAGGAGGAGGAGGAAGAGAGAUGUGAAGAGGAGCUCGUUGAGGGGAGGAGGGGGAGUCGGAAUGAAAGUUGGAAAGAAACACUGAUGUACGCACACACACACACACACACACACACACACACACGCGCGCGCGCGCGCACACACACACACACGCGCGCGCGCACACGUUUCAACAUCUGCACAGAGAAAAUAGUUCCCUGUCAUUGCUUAAAGAAUGGGCUCUAAAUAUUUAUGAGGAAAUGAUGCGAGCAGCGAUUCGUAAAAGUGUAAAACAUUUACAGAAAUGUUACCUUUAAUAUCUUUAGGUUACACUUGUGACCUAAUCCAGGAUUUACGGUUGGGGAUUAAUACAAUUGAAAACUUAAAAGCUAAAGCGGUGUUUUUGUCGGUGUCGAGCAUCACAGAGCAAAGAAAGCUUCUGGGUCAAAGAGGAAUUAAUGGGGAAGAUAAAUAAAUUGAUUUUCCAACAACAGAUGUAUGAGAAAACCUUUAAUUUAUUGUUGAGUGAAUGAAGUACAACACAUGUGCGCUAAAGACAGAAUCAAAGGGCUGUAAAAAAAAAAAAAGAAGAAAAUCUACAGCGAGCUAAACGUAAGGAGUGGUACUUUUAAAAUAGCCUAAUUUGCUGUAGACCCAAUUUUUUUAACAUUAAAAGUUAACAGAACAACACAACAUAACAGUUUUUUCUUUGCUUUAAUGCAAUUUGUUAAUUUGCCUUUACAAUAAUUUAAUUUUUGGCUGUAAACACUAUUUCAUUAAUGCCUCUACUGGCUUCUAUUGGACAUAAAUUCAUUCACAAGCAGAAAAACAAGAAUAAAAACUUGCUGAAAACUCA